UCCUUACGGCGGUCAUUUUCGCUUCCUUUUGGUCGGUUCGGCCUCUGGAGCGUUGUGUCAGGUUCUAGGUGACGGGACCGAGAAGGUCCGAGAGGAGGGUCUGUCCCCGCUACACAGGCGCGCGUCUGAGGCUCGGCGACGCAGCCCGGGGUGCCCUGCGCCAGGCCCGGGAGAGUGACCGUCGUGCCCGCGUCUCGCCUCCUCUCCCGCCGCUCCCGGCCCCGCUCCGCCCAGGGAGUCCGAUGGCGGCGGCGGCCCUGAGGGACCCGCCUGAGGGUGGUGUGACCUUUGAGGACAUUGCCCUGUACUUCUCCUGGGAGGAAUGGAAGCUCCUUGAUGAGGCUCAGAGACGCCUGUACCAUGAUGUGAUGCUGGAGAACUUUGCACUUGUAUCUUCACUGGGUUGCUGCUGUGGAGCAGAGGAUGCAGAAGCACCCUUUCAACGAAGCAUUUCUAUAAGCAUGUCACAGGCCAGGACUCUCAGGGCAGGCUCAUUUUCCCAGAAGAGCCACCCGUGUAAGAAGUGUACUCUGGUCUUGAGAGGUAUUUUUCACUUGGCUGAGCAUGAAGAAGCACAACACAGCCAGAAAGUGUUCGGGUGUAGAAUAUGUAUGAAACGAUUUCAUUUUAGUGCAAACCUCCAAAAACACCAGAAGCAGCAUAUGGAUGAGAAAUCCUUCAGAAAUGCUGUAGUCAGGGCCUUGUUUGUGAAGAGCUUCAAAUGCCAUGUGUCAGGAAAGCCCUUUACCUGUGAGGAAGUUGGGAAAGACUUUCUGGCCACCUUGGGACAUCUCCAGCCACAGACCACUCACACCAGGGAGAAGCCAAACAAGAUUGCCCAGCGUGAGGCAAUUUUACCAAGCAGAGAAAGUCAUUACAGCCAGGGAGAAUGCAAGAAAGCCUUCAGCCUGAAACAUGCACUUGUUCAGGACCAGGGUGUCCACCCUGGAAGACAUUGUUUUGUGUGCAGUGAAUGUGGGAAGACAUUCAGGUACAAAUCCUCAUUUGUUGUACACCAGAGAGUGCAUACUGGAGAAAGGCUUCAUGUGUGUCGUGAAUGUGGAAAAUCUUUCAGGCGAACCUCAACCCUCAAUCUGCAUCGAAGAAUUCAUACUGGGGCAAGGCAGUACAAGUGCAGCAGAUGUGGGAAAUCCUUUAACCAAAACUUUGUCCUUAUUUAUCCCUGGAGAAGUCACAUUGGAGAAAAUUGUUACUUGUGCAGUGAAUGUGCGCAGUUUCCUAGCUGUAGAUCCAUCCUAAUUCGACAACGGACAGUUCACACUGGAGAAAGGCGUUAUGAGUGUACUCAAUGUGGGAUAUCUUUUAGACGAAAAUUUUACCUCAUUGUACACUGGAGGGUUCACACAGGAGAAAGGCCUUAUGAUUGCAGUGAGUGUGGGAACUCUUUUAACAAUAGCUUGGUGCUCAUCCUACACCAGCGAGUACAUAAAGGCGAAAGGCCUUUUGCUUGCAGUGAAUGUGGGAAAUCUUUUACCAAUAGCUCGAUACUCAUUCUCCACCGGAGAGUUCACACAGGAAAAAGGCCUUAUGAGUGCAAUGAGUGUUGGAAAUCCUUUAGUCGUCAAUCUUACCUCACUCAGCACUGGAAGGUUCAUAGUGGAAAAAGGCCUUAUGAAUGCAGUGAAUGUGGGAAAUCUUUUAUGUCUCGCCGUGGCCUCCAUUAUCAUCAGAGAGUUCACACUGGAUCAAGGCCUUAUGAAUGUAGUGAAUGUGGGAAAUCUUUUACUUCUCACUCUGGCCUUCGUUAUCAUCAAAGAGUUCACACAGGAGAAAGGCCUUACGAGUGCAGUGAGUGCGGGAAAUGUUUUACCUCCAGCUCUGCCCUGUGUUAUCAUCAGAAGACUCAUGCUGGAGAUAGGCCUUAUGAGUGCACCGUAUGUGGGAAAUGUUUUUCCUCUGGUUCCACCCUCAGUAAUCAUCAGAGAGUUCACACUGGAGAAAGGCCUUAUGUGUGCAGUCAAUGUGGGAAAUCUUUUUUCUCUAGUUCCAACCUCAGUAAUCAUCAGAGAAUUCACACAGGAGAAAGGCCUUAUGUGUGCAGUGAAUGUGGGAAAUCCUUUAUUCAAAGGUGUUCCCUUCUUAAACACCAGAGAGUUCACACAGGAGAAAGGCCUUAUGUGUGCAGUGAAUGUGGGAAAUCCUUCACCCAAAGAUGUCACUUUCUUAUACACCAGAGAGUUCACACAGGAGAAAGGCCUUACAAGUGCAGUGAAUGCGGGAAAUCUUUUUCCACUAGUUACAACCUCAGUAAUCAUCAGAGAAUUCACACAGGAGAAAGGCCUUACUUGUGCAGUGAAUGUGGGAAAUCGUUUAUCCAAAGAUCUUACCUUCUUAUACACCAGAGAGUUCACACAGGAGAAAGGCCUUAUAAGUGUAAUGAAUGUGGGAAAUCUUUUACCACUAGGAGGAACCUUCGUUAUCAUCAGGGAGUUCACACUGGAUAAAUGCCUUAUGAUUGCAGUGAAUGUGG